UGUAAAACUUUCUUUCUUUCUUCUCUCUUUACUAUUCAACAACAAUUUUUUUUUGUCAACUUAGAAAGAAAUUUUAUUAAUCUAAUUUAAGUAAUGGCAGUGUCAGCAGUAGCAACUCUCCUAUUUCUUCUUGUUGCUUCUCCGGUGGCUUUUGCCGCCAACCACGUCGUCGGAGGCAGCGGCGGGUGGACCCAAUCCGGUGAUUACACCACUUGGGCUGCUGCUGAAACCUUCACCGUUGGUGACACCCUUGAGUUCAACUAUGGUGGAAGCCACGGAGUGGAUGUGAUAAGCAAAGAUGACUACGACAACUGCAACACCGGAAACGCCAUUGAGUCAUACAACGAUGGAAAAACCACAAUCAAACUUUCCAAAUCUGGUCCAAUGUACUUCUCUUGUCCUACUUUUGGUCAUUGUCAAUCUGGCAUGAAAUUAGCUGUCAAUGUCCAAGAUAGCUCCACUCCUUCAACUCCAUCAACUCCAUCAACUCCGUCAACUACUCCUUCAACUCCGUCAACUCCUUCCGAUUCACCCGCCACACCCAAUACACCCGCGAAGUCAACCCCAACUACGCCUAAUGGAGCAACCGGAGUAUUUGGAAGCAUGAACAAAUUUGUGAUCGGAGUUUCAGUUGUAUUGGGAGCUUUGUUUGUGUUCAUGUGCUAGGCGAGAGGCAGUGCUUUUAUUUUGAAUCAUUAUUUCCUUCCUAUUUACUUACUAUCAGUUGUUAUUUUUGCCCCUUUUUUAAUUAAUGUUCAUUUUUGUGUGCAUAUUAUAUUGUUGUAAGAAAUAAAAGUGAUUUUUUCUUCACCUUUAAUUUACUUUAUGGAACUGCCAGUUGUUGCCUUAUUAGUAGUUAUAUUUUAUACCAACGUUCAACCAACUACCUUUUGGAAAGGGAUAGUUUGCUAUGG